CAAAAGCAGCAUUACGCAUGGCGCCGUGUCUGACAUCGGAGGAGCGACUUUUACCGUGGAGCCUUUGUGGAUUGUGAACUGUGUUCUUCCCACAUUUGUGAUGCGCUCGGAACUUUUUGUGCGUGUCUAGAACUAUCUGAAUCAAAUGUGAUGAAGGCUUUGCUAUUUCAGAGGAUCAUUUUUUGCAGCUUUUGCGUCUCAUGUAGGCUUGAUCAGGAGCGUUACGCGCAGCCUGUCUCCAUGCAGCGCAGCUGUUUCAGAGAGGAGAACUGUGCCAAAUAACAAAAAUGAUACGAAAGGAGCAUUUGCAGCCAGAAUGGAUUUAACCCAGCUAGAUCUACUGGUGGAAAACGUUUCCAACAAUGAGAACACCACUGGCGCACCGUUUGCUUUGCCACACACGGAGGUAGCCACUGCGCUCAUCAUCCUGGUGGUUACUGUGAUCAUUUCUGUGACCAUUGUCGGUAAUGUUUUGGUGAUUGUAGCGGUGCUCACCAGCCGGGCUCUCCGUGCCCCCCAGAACCUUUUCCUCGUCUCUCUGGCAUGUGCGGACAUCCUGGUGGCCACGCUGGUCAUCCCCUUCUCCCUCGUCAAUGAGGUGAUGGGCUACUGGUACUUUGGAAGUACUUGGUGCGCCUUCUAUCUGGCUCUGGAUGUGUUGUUCUGCACCUCAUCCAUCGUGCACCUGUGCGCCAUCAGCCUGGACCGCUAUUGGUCCGUGACAAAGGCGGUGAGCUACAACCUGAAACGGACACCGAAGCGCAUCAAGUCCAUGAUCGCCGUUGUGUGGAUAAUAUCUGCUAUCAUCUCAUUCCCUCCUCUCCUCAUGACCAAACAUGAUGAGCGGGAGUGCUUGCUGAACGAUGAGACCUGGUACAUUCUCUCAUCGUGCCUCGUGUCCUUCUUCGCUCCUGGUCUCAUCAUGAUUCUGGUUUACUGCAAGAUCUAUAAAGUGGCCAAGCAGCGCUCCUCCACCGUGUUCGUGGCUAAGAACGGCCUGGAGAGGCAGCCCUCUCAGUCAGAGACCUGUUUUGUCAGGAAGGACCGGUUCGAGAUGGAGAGCCCGAGCAGCCAAAGCUCCGGGAGCCAGCAGCAGGGGCAGGGGGAGCUGGAUGACAUCGACCUGGAGGAGAGCUGCUGUCAGUCGGAUACUAAAACCCGCCACCACCGCUUCACCAAGCGAAGGAAAGUGGAGGGAUCGGACUGCUGCCCGCCACAGAACUGCCGUCUCUCCUGGGCUUCGGCCCGGGCGUUACAGCUCUACCCGGAGCAGAAGAAUCCAGUUGCGCGACAACAGCUGGCAGCGGCCAACAAGACCAAAGUGGCCCAGAUGCGGGAGAAGCGUUUCACAUUCGUACUGGCGGUGGUGAUGGGGGUGUUUGUUCUCUGCUGGUUCCCCUUCUUCUUUACCUACAGUCUGCAUGCUAUCUGCAGAGACAGCUGCUACAUUCCUGGCGCACUUUUCAACCUUUUCUUCUGGAUUGGCUACUGCAACAGUUCUGUGAACCCCAUAAUCUACACUAUUUUCAACAGGGACUUUAGAAAAGCCUUCAAGAAAAUCAUAUGCAGAACUUCAAAACGCACAUAAAGGGGUUCCAGUUCUUUUGUUUUGCCCCUCACUCAACAGUACUGGGAAGGAAUUGUAUUAUUAUAACUCAUUGUUCUUGGCUGACUGUCUACUUUCCCUUCAUUUUGAUGUAAUAAUUAUGAUAUUGAAAACCAAGCCAGUGUUGUACAAACAUUUAAGUGUCUAUGAAUAAAAUUCAUACGGUGGAGUAAAACAAAACUAAAAUAUCUUAAGUCUGUCAGUGUUGCAAACCUGAUCAAAUGUGAUCAGGCCUAUUUAUGCUACCUGAGAUAUGAGAUGUUUUAGUGCGUAUCUCUGAAUAAGAAAUCCCUGCUGGCUUAAUUCUGCAGCAAGCAGGAGAAAAGAGAUACUUCAUUUGAAGUCAUGUACGUAGUUGAUUCCAGUGCUGGCAGCUGGUUCACAGUGGGUGUUUUGUGUUGAGAUAAAAAGAAGAUUAAUCACCAUCUUUAACAUAUGAACAUGAGGAUGAGCAGGAAGGCAAGCAUCGCCUGUGAGCGUGUGUCACGGAAUAAGAAAGUGUAGGAUGCUGCACGGUUGGAAUGUCUCACAGUAUUACAGGUAUUUCAUACACAUGGAUCUUUCUUUACUUGCUGAAUCGGAAGCCACAGUGAGGCUCGCAGCCAUUUCUUAUCAGUGAACCCGCAAACUUAUGUAAGAGUCUAAUCUCACACCCCCCCCCUCGCCACAUCAUUUCACCACCUCACACCAGAACAAUGGCCAAGCUGAGGCCCAUGUGUGUGUGUGUGCAGAAUUCACUGGAUCAAUCGCUGUAUUUCAUGUCAAUACCUCACAACAGCUUGUGAGUAAAUGUUUAAAAUGUAUGAGGUCCUGUAAAACCUGGAUUCAGUGCUGUAAAACAGGAAUUUAAAUUGAGGUUAUGGUCUCCCAUAAAUAUCUCUUUCAUUGAGGUGCCAAAACUAUUUUUUUGUUUUGUUCACAAAAAGUUUUUGGCAGAAUAGAUUGGUUAGGUAUAUUGGAGGAAAGACACCGUAGAAAUACAAACAGUCCUGUUCCCUUCUUCCUACUAAAUAACAUCUC